CAGCGCGCGGCGGGGCCGAGAAUGCUGGUGGAAGAAAGCCUCGCUGACCGGUCGGUUCAAGGCUCCACCUGCAGCCACACCGCGUAGGCUCUCCCUCUCUCGGCCACGCUCGCUCACAUUCACACACAAACACCACAGCCCUCCUUUGGGUCGGAGGAGACGCCAGCCAAAGGAGGCGGGGUUGCAGGCGGAGAGUCCGCUCUGCGCAAUCCAGUCCGGGACUUGGCUCCGCCCGGGAGCAGCGGCCUCUCCAGUGACAGAGGAGUAGUGAGCGGCACCGGGUGAGGCUGCAGCCAACUCCGCUCCCCGUCACUCGGCUGCCCAGGCGCUCGGGACGCAGCAGCGGCGCUUCUCCGCGGGGCUCACCGCCCGCGAUGCCCGCUUAGGAGCGGCGGCAGAGGCUAGCAUCGCCACACCCGCGGCACAGCCCUCGCGGUCGCCGAGCGGGGCUACAGCCUGCCCCCCCUGCCCCAGCCCCCACCCCGCCCCCCACCCUGAAAUGACUUGUUAAUCGGCGCAGACACCACCGAAGGGACUCACCGGAGUGGAAUCCAAGUGGAAUUUGGACCUGGAGAAGAGUUUCUUGAACAUUUACUCCUUCCUUGUUGGUUUUCUUUCUUUCUUUCUUUCUUUUUUUCCUCUCCCCUUCUGCGCCUGUCAUUGGAGAUGAACACAGCGCGUUUGCAUCCCAGAAAGUAGUCGCCGCGACUGUUACCCCCAAAGAGACAAGCACACAUGUAGGAAUGACAAAGGCUUGCAAAGGAGAGAGCGCAGCUUGCGGCCCGGAGAGAUCUCCUCGAUAAUGGAUUACUAAAUGGGAUACUCGCUGUACCAGCCCGCUCCGAGCCCCGGCCGCCCGCCCGUCGAUGCACCGAAAAGGGUGAAGUAGAGAAAUAAAGUCUCCCCGCUGAACUACUAUGAGGCCAGAAGCCUUGCUGCUAUAUUUCACACUGCUACACUUUGCUGGGGCUGGUUUCCCAGAAGAUUCUGAGCCAAUCAGUAUUUCGCAUGGCAACUAUACAAAACAGUAUCCGGUGUUUGUGGGCCACAAGCCAGGACGGAACACCACACAGAGGCACAGGCUGGACAUCCAGAUGAUUAUGAUCAUGAAUAGAACCCUCUACAUUGCUGCUAGGGACCAUAUUUAUACUGUUGAUAUGGACACCUCACACACAGAAGAAAUUUAUUGUAACAAAAAACUGACAUGGAAAUCUAGACAGGCUGAUGUAGACACAUGCAGAAUGAAGGGAAAACAUAAGGAUGAGUGUCACAACUUCAUCAAAGUUCUCCUAAAGAAAAACGAAGAUACUUUGUUUGUCUGUGGAACUAAUGCCUUCAAUCCUUCCUGCAGAAACUAUAAGAUGGAUACUCUGGAACCUUUCGGGGAUGAAUUCAGCGGAAUGGCCAGAUGCCCUUAUGAUGCCAAGCAUGCCAACGUUGCACUGUUUGCAGAUGGAAAACUAUACUCAGCCACAGUGACUGACUUCCUUGCCAUUGAUGCGGUCAUUUACCGGAGUCUGGGAGACAGCCCAACCCUACGGACCGUCAAGCAUGAUUCCAAAUGGCUGAAAGAACCGUACUUUGUCCAAGCAGUGGAUUAUGGCGACUACAUCUACUUCUUCUUCAGGGAAAUAGCAGUGGAGUACAACACCAUGGGAAAGGUAGUUUUUCCAAGAGUGGCUCAGGUUUGUAAGAAUGACAUGGGAGGGUCUCAAAGAGUCCUGGAAAAACAGUGGACAUCUUUCCUUAAGGCUCGCCUGAACUGCUCAGUUCCCGGAGACUCUCAUUUUUAUUUUAACAUACUCCAGGCGGUCACAGAUGUGAUUCAUAUCAAUGGCCGUGAUGUUGUCCUGGCAACCUUUUCCACACCUUAUAACAGCAUCCCCGGGUCUGCAGUUUGUGCCUAUGACAUGCUUGACAUCGCCAACGUGUUCACUGGGAGGUUCAAAGAACAGAAGUCUCCAGAUUCCACUUGGACACCAGUGCCUGAUGAACGAGUGCCCAAACCCAGGCCAGGUUGCUGCGCUGGCUCAUCGUCCUUAGAAAAAUAUGCAACCUCCAAUGAGUUUCCUGAUGAUACUCUGAACUUCAUCAAAACACACCCACUCAUGGAUGAGGCUGUGCCUUCAGUCAUCAACAGGCCAUGGUUCCUGAGGACAAUGGUCAGAUACCGCCUGACCAGAAUUGCGGUGGACACUGCUGCUGGGCCCUAUCAGAACCACACUGUGGUUUUCCUGGGAUCAGAGAAGGGGAUCAUCUUGAAGUUCUUGGCCAGGAUGGGAAACAGUGGUUUCCUAAAUGACAGCCUUUUCCUGGAGGAGAUGAGCGUUUACAACCCUGAAAAGUGCAGCUACGACGGGGUAGAGGACAAGAGGAUUAUGGGCAUGCAGCUGGACAAAGCCAGCAGCUCUCUGUACGUUGCAUUCUCCACCUGUGUGAUAAAGCUUCCCCUGGGCCGCUGCGAACGACACGGGAAGUGUAAAAAAACCUGUAUCGCCUCCAGAGACCCAUACUGCGGGUGGGUAAAGGAAGGAGGUUCCUGUGCCCAUCUGUCACCCAGUAGCAGACUGACUUUUGAACAGGACAUAGAACGUGGCAACACAGAUGGCCUCGGAGACUGUCACAAUUCCUUCGUGGCCCUGAAUGGGCACUCCAGUUCCCUCUUGCCCAGCACCACCACGUCGGAUGCAGCGGCUCAGGAGGGGUAUGAGUCUAGGGCGGGAAUGCUGGACUGGAAGGACCUGCUGCACUCACCCGACAGCACAGACCCUUUGGGGGCGGUGUCUUCCCGUAAUCACCAAGACCAGAAGGGAGUGAUUCGGGAAAGUUACCUCAAAGGCCAUGACCAGCUCGUCCCUGUGACCCUCCUGGCGAUUGCGGUCAUUCUGGCUUUUGUCAUGGGGGCCGUGUUCUCCGGCAUCAUCGUCUACUGCGUCUGCGACCACAGGCGCAAAGACGUGUCCGCCGUGCAGCGCAAAGAGAAGGAGCUCACCCACUCGCGCCGGGGCUCCAUGAGCAGCGUCACCAAGCUCAGCGGCCUCUUUGGGGACAGCCAGUCCAAAGACCCGAAGCCGGAGGCCAUCCUCACACCACUCAUGCACAACGGCAAGCUCGCCACCCCCGGCAACACGGCCAAGAUGCUCAUCAAGGCGGACCAGCACCACUUGGACCUGGCGGCCUUGCCCACCCCGGAGUCCACACCAACCCUGCAGCAGAAGAGGAAGCCCAGCCGCGGCAGCCGCGAGUGGGAGAGGAACCAGAACCUCAUCAACGCCUGCACCAAGGACAUGCCCCCCAUGGGCUCCCCCGUGAUCCCCACGGACCUGCCCCUCCGGGCCUCCCCCAGCCACAUCCCCAGCGUGGUGGUCCUGCCCAUCACGCAGCAGGGCUACCAGCACGAGUACGUGGACCAGCCCAAAAUGAGCGAGGUGGCCCAGAUGGCGCUGGAGGACCAGGCGGCCACCCUGGAGUAUAAGACCAUCAAGGAGCAUCUCAGCAGCAAGAGUCCCAACCACGGGGUGAAUCUGGUGGAGAACCUGGACGGCCUGCCCCCCAAAGUCCCCCAGCGGGAGGCCUCCCUGGGCCCCCCGGGGGCCUCGCUGUCUCAGAACGGCCUGAGCAAGCGGCUGGAAAUGCACCACUCCUCCUCCUACGGCCUUGACUAUAAGAGGAGCUACCCCACGAACUCGCUCACGCGAAGCCACCAGGCCACCACUCUCAAAAGAAACAAUACUAACUGCUCCAAUUCCUCCCACCUGUCCAGAAACCAGAGCUUUGGCCGGGGAGACAACCCGCCCCCCGCCCCGCAGCGGGUGGACUCGAUCCAGGUGCACGGCGCGCAGCCCUCCGGCCAGGCCGUGACUCUUUCGCGGCAGCCCAGCCUCAACGCCUACAACUCGCUGACGAGGUCGGGGCUGAAGCGCACACCCUCGCUAAAGCCGGACGUACCCCCCAAACCCUCCUUUGCCCCCCUUUCCACAUCCAUGAAGCCCAAUGACGCGUGUACAUAAUCCCAGGGGGAGGGGUCGGGUGUCGAACCAGCAGGAAAGGCCAGGCGCGCGGUCAGCUCGGCGAGGCCCUCCACUGCCUGAGUACCCACCAGACCAACAUGGCCGCGGCGGAGCAGAGGACGCUGGGGCCCCCUCGGGGCGCAGGGGGACUCGGGGAAUUUGGGCCACGCGGUUUGGCGAAGGUUUGCGACGCGGGACUCACCUCCAUUCCCGGACUUCACUCUCCCCGAACACCGUGCGACAGGUCGGACUCACGAAAGACUUCAAUUAUCAUCACCAACACGAGCCAAAAGCACAUUAGCCACCCACCCAACCCCUCCCCCACACGCAUGCGCGCGCGCGCGCACACACACACACACACACACACACACACACACACACACACACACGUGAACGACGGCAACGUUUUUGUCCAUGACCGCACGGGGCACUGCCAGACAGGGCUGGCGUUCCACCUGCGAAAUACAAAUACAUUUUUUAAAAAUCGUGAAAAUUCAAAAGACAAAAAAUAAAGGAUUCAUUGAUAAUUCUAACUCAGACUUUAACAAUGGCAGAAGUUUACUAUACUCAGAUACUGUGAAAUGCCCACCAGUGUUACAGCUUUCUGUUAUUAGCAGAUUAAUGCCAUGUUGGGCAACUAUGUCAUAGAUUUCUGCUCCUCUCUUUUAAUGAAAUAACGUGACCGUUAACGCAAGUAACUCUUUAUUUAUUGUUCACCCUUUUUUUUUCCUUAAGGAAAGGACACUUCCAUAUACCAUCCUAUGAACAGCUCUUCAGAAAGCCCCUUGAAAGUUAAACUAUUUAACGUGAAAUCCAUUAACUGGAAUAAUUGAGUUUAUUUUUACAAUAAAUUCACUGAGUAAAUAAGUCGGAGCUGGAAUUUUGAGCUUUGUGUUUGGACUGUCUGAUCUCUAGCUAAAGGAAAAAGUUGACAGGGGAAUAUUUAUUCAGAUCAACCAAUUACUUUGCUGGUCAGGUCUCUGGCCUAUAACAUGCAAAAAAUUAAUUUAGCUUAAAAGUCCUUCCAGAUCCUAGCUUCUAAAGCAACCGGGAGAGGAACUUUUAGAAUGACACAUCCACGUCCCAUUUCUGCCAACAUGGCUUUGUCAGUGGUUCCUACUUUCUGUGAAGGCACCAGCUUGUGAUUCCCAUCUCAUUUCACCUUGCAUGUGAGACAGCAAACUAAAUCCACUAAAGGUGUGAACUAAUUAAUACGCUGGCUGCUACCUUGCAUAAAUUAAUGGUUUGCUCACACGGGUUUUUCGUGGGGUUACAUCUGUGAAUAGCCUCUUUUCCACAUGUAAAUUUGUGCCUUACACCCUGAGUUGUGUACACGUGUAAACUGUCAUUAUGAUAAACUUGCCCACACUUUUGAAAUAAAUGCAGAUAUUUAUUUGACCCUCCCUCCCCCCACCCCCGCUCCAGCCCUCUGGAAGAUUAGCAUCUAGCAGAUGGAAGAGGAAUGUAGUGGUGAUGGUAAUAACACUGCAGCCUGGGAGAGCCGGCCAGCAUCGUGCCCUCCAAUUCACACUUCCUUCUAGUCGUGCCAAUUCCACCCACCCCUUGGCCCUGCUACCAAGCGUGGCCCUCAGUGUUGUGGGUGGCAAUACCCUUUCUCCCUGCAGCGUUCCCCGCUUCCCUUAUAUUCUCAGAUCAUUUCAACAUGGUGAUAUCCUCACCGGCCAGCAGAGAAGGGACUAAUGUCCCAGCUCCUCAUUUCUGCUGUGUCCUCUGGCUGGAGAAAGCACCGUGUUCAGUUGCCAGGUACCUGGGAGGUGUCUCCAAGCCCUGGGCUCAGCACGCACAUGCAUUGCACACAAAGAAAUGACGUGGAAAUAGAUGAGACGCAGGGAGGCUGGUCCCUGCUAUGAUGGAUGAGUAACUCCAGAUACAAAGCCAACCACAACGGAUGCUGCAAAAACACUGACUGGGGCGGAAGAUUUUUAAUUUUUUAAAAACUUUCUUCAUCCCUGUGUUGUUAUUGUUUGUAUGGGGGCGGGGUGGGAGGGUGUGUGCUCCCCCUCUGGUUUUCAUUAGCCGGAGCACACAGAGGGGACUUCCGUUUACUCUAUCACGAACAAAAGAAUUGUCAACAUACUGUGAGCAUUGUUUUGGGUUGUUGUGUUUUGAAACAGUUAAGCAGUAUAUUUGGUGGCCUCUUCAUCUCUUUUUAUUUCCAGUUUGAUCUUCUGGUUUUAGUCUUGUCUUUUAAAAAAACUCUCAAAAAAAGAUGAUUUUGGACAAUUUUGAGGUGGCUGGUGAAACCAUGGUACCUGCAUAAUCAGAGGGAGACCUAGGUGUGUAAUGAGGACGCGUGCAUAUGGCCUUCCUUUCCGGUAAACAUCCCUGGAGGCUUUGCUGCCAUGUGAGAUAGGCUUUUGUAGUUUUGUGUUGUUCUGUUUUUAUUUCGUUUUGUUAGCGGAAUCAGUGUUCACAUCCUGUGAACUCCGUGCCCUCUUUUCUAGAAAUUGGGAUGAUUGUUUUUUUCCCCUGGACUUUUCUUUGGAAAUGCAGGACUUACUUAGGAAAGUGAUGGGUAUACAUCACCCUGCUACCUUCUCCCCCACACUUGACUCCCAAGAGUAUUGGCCAUGCAGCACCCACUGUCUUGUCCCCCAUGCGUGGGCAUCAUUGCCUCAUCUGUGGUACAGGGACCUGUGUCAAAACUUCCAUCCCCCAUCCCCACAACUCCUCACUUGCGGUGUUCUCCCUAAAAUGACCACAUGUAUUGAGCUGGUCUUUUGCAUUUAAGUAUUUUCUUCCCUUUUUUUUCCCCACUGCGUGUGGGGGGAGGGUCCAUAAGCCUGAGUGUGCCUUUGCUUUCCACCCUUGCUAGACACUGGUAGAUGCAACAAACUCAGAUUUAUAUUUGUUGUAAAGUUGUAAAAAUAUUGUGAUGUCACCAACUUUCCUUCCAUCUCCACAUCCCCUAACAUCUGAUUCAUGACUUAAUGUAUGUUGUAAAAUGGAAAAAAAAAAA